AUGGACUUUUCGGGCCGCCUCCGUUCCGAGCAUCUGAGCUCCGCAAAUAACCACGAUAUCAUGAACGUUUCAGCAUAUGAUACCUGGAAAGGAAAGGAGAGGGAGCUUGAAGAACCGGAUACCUGUCGAAUAUGUCGUGGUGAGGGUACGGAACAGGACGAGCUAUACUACCCCUGCAAAUGUAGCGGUAGCAUAAGGUUCGUCCAUCAGCCUUGCCUGGUGCAAUGGUUGGCCCAUUCUCAAAAGAAGCACUGCGAACUCUGCAAAACUCCCUUCCAUUUUACAAAGGUGUACGACCCGAAUAUGCCUGACAGUUUACCGACUCUUCUGUUCAUUAAACAACUCUCGAUACACUGCUUCCGCACUAUUGUUACAUGGUUGCGCUGGGUUCUGGUUGCGUUUGUCUGGCUUGGAUGGUUGCCGUGGUCCAUGAGAGCGAUAUGGAGGGCGCUGUUCUGGCUCGCCGAUGGCCGUUGGUCGAGUGCUGAUCCUACUCAUCAAGGAUAUGAUAGACACAAUGUGACCGCUUCUCUUCAUAAUGCGACAUUGGUGGCGAGCUCAGUAGUGGCUGAACCUAGCUCGGUUGCGGGACAACCCUCGCUCGAACCUACUUCGUCAAUGAUCGGUUUCUCCGCGAGUGAACCUAUAUUGCUCAACCUCAUGAAAAAGGCUCUUUCUACACUUUUCUUUCCCGCGAUGUCAUCAAGUUUUGGCUCCACCGACUCCAUAAACGUUACGGCAACCCCUCUCAAACGCCGACCCUCCUGGCUCUCUGAUGUCAAGUUUCUGAAUUCGCUGACCCCAUCUCCCACCAUCAACAACAUUCUUAUUGAUACGUUAGAAGGCCAGCUUAUUACACUCUUAGUUGUGGUCUCCUUCAUUUUGAUAUUUCUUAUUCGGGAGUGGGUCGUUCAGCAACAACCUCUCGACAACAUUGCAGAAGGAGAGCGUGAAGCUGCCGAUCAGCUAAUUGCAAACAACCGUCCCCAAGUCGAGGCUCGUGAUCCUGAACCCGAAGCCGAACAUUUUGAAAAUAUACCAGAGGAAGAGAUUCCACAAAACGGGCAGGGGGUUAUUCGCCAAGAGGAACUUGCGGACGAUAGGAAUACCACAUCUGAACAACCAGCAAGGGAGCCCUUGGACUUCGAAGCGCCUUUGAGUAUACGUGACUUGCUUGCUGGAGUAGCUGGAGGUCCGGUGACGCCUCCUAUACGGCACAAUUCUGAUGGAAACGAUGGAUUCAUUCUAGAUAUUGCUAAUUCUCAGCGAGGACCUCAGAUCGACCAGCCCCAAUAUGGCAUCAAUAUGGACUUAUACAGGGAUAUCUAUCGUCGCUCCAAUGGCGAUCUCGAUGAAAUGUCAAGAAUUAUCCGCGAAGAAGGUCGCUUCGAGGAACUUGUUCGGAAUGUCACGACAAACAACAGACCUGAGCAGACAAUUAAUGGCUAUCCUCGAUUCAUUGUAUCUGAUUCCACGAAUAUGAAUGCAGAAACUGUGGAUGACGCUCGUCUUGCGCCCCCACGGGUUUCCUUUAGUCCUCGCCUCCCACACCAGGGGGAUGCCGAUUCUGCUGACUCCAACAUGCCUAACGCAUACGCCUCUACCUGGCCAUCUUCAAGUGCGCCGCUAAAUCAAGAUCAAUCUCAACAAGCCUCAGCGUCCGCUAUUUCCGAUAGCGAAACUGAAGACAGCAGAACGGAGCCAUCUUCCAGUAGUGGUUUGGUUGCGGACAACGGUGGUGGCGGAGCAGUGGCUAACUCUGAAUUUGGCGAAGAAUCACCGAAUCCGUCAGCAACUUCGCAGGCUAUGGCUGAACCCGAAACAAGUCUGACAAGAAGAGUUGUUGAUUGGUUCUGGGCCGACCUUGACCCUGACGACCCUAACCAGGGGCACCAACCUGAUGCUGAGGAGGAUUUGAUUGAUGACCCUGCUGUCGAAGAGCAUUUGGAGCACCCAGAAAAUGAUCGUAAUGUAGAAGUUGAUGCCAUUCUACCCGGUAUUGACCAGAACGAUGUUGAUGCGGUCGAAGAAGCCGAUGAUCUCGAAGGUAUCCUGGAACUUAUCGGCAUGCAGGGUCCUAUUUUCGGCUUAUUGCAGAAUGGCGUUUUCUGUGCGCUAUUAAUCUCUUUCACCGUGGCUGCUGGUAUCUGGCUUCCAUAUCUUGCAGGGAAAAUCGCGCUUGUCCUUCUAGCACACCCGAUACAAUUCGUCCUUGGUGUUCCCAUGACGGCAGUCUCAGUUUUCGCGGACGUGGUUCUCGAUACUCUUAUUGGCAGCCUAGGAUAUAUCAUGUACUGGGUGAGCAUGAUCUGCAAGCUGGUUUUCAGCCCAUUGGCUGCUAUUGUCCCUCUCGGCGAGUGGACGAGACCCAUCACCAGUGCCUCAUUAUCGCUCAUCGAUGCUAGCAGUCAGCGAUUAGGCAGCGUGAUCAAUACGUUCUUUGUUUUCCAUGAAGCUGAUGUUCCCAUGUUCUCUGUCCUCUCCCAUUUGGCUUUAAAGAUCCAUGAAGCACGGAUUGCGUCGCUAUUUCGCCUGGCUUUCUUGCUAGGAAAGCUAAUUCUCCACGACCUUCCAUUGCACAUGGGAUCAUUUAGCAAGGCAUUCUUUCUCGGCCAAAAUUCAUCGACUCUUGGCAAUCUUCUAGCUCUGGCUCGAGAUCAAGUUAAUGAUGCCAGCCAUGACAUUUACACCAGAUUCUUCAUGCCUCCGUCAGCCUGGGUCAGUCCGAACGUUAUUGGUCUCUCGGCAAAUGAUGGUGCGAUCGACUACAGUUUAGCUGUUUGGGACACUAAGGACCGCACUAUUGCCAUUCUCAUGGGCUACCUUCUCGCUUCUACCGUUGGUUUGGGCUAUCUCAAAGUCGCCCGGUUCAUCUCUGGCGCCGACCAAGGACAGCGAGUUGAGGGUAUGGUGGCAGAAGGCCUUCAUCAAGCUGGUGGCGUGAUGAAGGUCAUCCUCAUAAUCGGCAUUGAGAUGAUAGUAUUUCCGUUAUAUUGCGGUGCUCUCCUGGACGUUGCAUUGCUGCCUCUUUUCGAGGGAGCUACCGUUGCUGCACGGGUCGAAUUUACAUCGGAAUAUCCCCUCACUUCUCUUUUCGUACACUGGUUCAUUGGCACCUGUUACAUGUUUCACUUUGCUCUCUUCGUCUCCAUGUGCAGGAAGACUAUGAGAAGUGGCGUUCUAUAUUUCAUCCGCGACCCUGAUGACCCUACUUUCCACCCUGUUCGUGAUGUUCUUGAGCGGAAUAUCACCACGCAGCUUCGCAAGAUCGCCUUUAGCGCUCUUGUUUAUGGUGCUCUCGUCAUUAUCUGCCUAGGUGGGGUAGUCUGGGGAAUCUACUACGGUUUUGAUGGUGUACUUCCCGCCCACUGGUCGUCUAAAGAUCCUGUCCUCGAGUUUCCUAUCGACCUAUUAUUCUAUAAUGUCGGAAUCCCCCUUGUCCUCAAAGAACUAAAACCCUCGGACGGGCUGCACAGCUUAUACAGAUGGUGGUUUCGAAAGUGUGCCCGCUUCUUACGGCUUUCCGAUUUCUUCUUUGGCGAGAGACACCCCGACGAAGAAGGCGUGAGCUCUCUGUCAGGGAACAACGCAAGCCCCGACCGUCCUGCGACUGAUGAAGAUGAGAAAUCUGCUUUUACUAACAAAACCGAACCGCAGGGAAAACGCGAUGGAAAGUUCGUCAGAGCUCCGGCUUCAGACCAGGUCCGCAUUCCAAAAGGAAGCCCGGUAUUUCUGGAAGUAACGGAAGCUAACGAGCGAGUUGAUGGAAAGCCCGACAAUGACCAAGGACUCCAUGGUCGACUCAAUAAUCAAUUCACUAAGGUUUACAUCCCGCCUUUCUUUAGGACUAGGGUUGCAGCCUUCAUUUUCUUCAUCUGGGUGUUUGCGGCCGCGACUGGAGUGGGAACCACUAUUGUCCCGCUCCUUAUUGGGCGCAGGAUCAUGUCCUUUUACGUCCCAGGCCGGCCAGUAAAUGAUGUAUACGCCCUAUCGGUUGGCAUGGGGUUUGCUUGCUUUGUCGCUUACUUCCUACUUUCCUGCCGAACUGGCUUCCGCCUGGUGAGAGGCCGCCUAGGCCCUUAUUUGCGGUCUCCGGGUGAGGCGACUCGUGUGAUGGCAAAUGCUCUGACAAGCGGCUUGAGCAUCCUCUACGUAAUAGCCGCGUUUUUCAUCUUUCUGCCGUCAUUAUUUGCUCUUGCGAUAGAGCUUUACUUGCUGGUUCCGGUUUACACAUAUCUUGGCCACGAAAAUGAUCUUGUGGUCCACUUUGUCCAGGAUUGGACGUUGGGCGUUCUCUAUGUCCAAAUGGCAGUGAAGCUGGCUUUGUGGCAUACAAGAUCUCGCCCAGCUGCCGUUCUCAGAGGUAUUUUCCGCGACGGCUGGCUGAAACCGAAUAUCAAACUCGCAACUAGAGCUUUGCUCUUUCCCAUGACCCUUCUUGCCCUGGUGGCAGUCACGCUACCACUGUGUCUCGGCUUUGCGUCGAAUCUGAUAUUAUUCUCUUUCCGUCCCGAAUUGCAAUCCAAGGUCUACCGCUAUGCCUAUCCUGUUACUUUGGCUAUGGGGCUUCUGGCAUGGUUCGCUUACCUGGUCUACCGUCAAGUCGAAGUAUGGAAGGUGAGCAUCCGAGAUGAGUUCUUCCUGAUUGGAGAGCGUCUGCACAAUUUCCGCGAGAAGCGAGCACGGGAGGUUGGUGUUCCUCGGCGAGUGAUUACUGGGUAA